AUGUGUCAAGACAACGCACCGCCUCUGACGCUGGCACUCAUUGUCGAAUGGAUAAACGCGGUGCCACGAACAUUAGCAUACCGCCAUCCACCUGCGCUGCAACCGAUGCAAUGCGACAGCGAAGAAGCCAAGGUUGAAUUCACCACAGGCCUCUCAAAUUUCUCGUCGGCCCCUGGUUUUGCCAAAAGGAGUGGGAGUCAGGGAGUAGGAGUCAGGGAGUGGGAGUCAGGGAGUAGGAGUCAGGGAGUGGGAGUCAGGGAGUGGGAGUCAGGGAGUAGGAGUCAGGGAGUAGGAGUCAGGGAGUGGGAGUCAGGGAGUGGGAGUCAGGGAGUAGGAGUCAGGGAGUGGGAGUCAGGGAGUGGGAGUCAGGGAGUAGGAGUCAGGGAGUGGGAGUCAGGGAGUAGGAGUCAGGGAGUAGGAGUCAGGGAGUGGGAGUCAGGGAGUGGGAGUCAGGGAGUAGGAGUCAGGGAGUGGGAGUCGGGGAGUAGGAGUCAGGGAGUAGGAGUCAGGGAGUGGGAGUCGGGGAGUGGGAGUCAGGGAGUAGGAGUCAGGGAGUGGGAGUCGGGGAGUGGGAGUCAGGGAAAGAGAAGUCAGGGAGUGGGAGUCAGGGAGUGGGAGUCAGGGAGUGGGAGUCAGGGAGUGGGAGUCGGGGAGUGGGAGUCGGGGAGUGGGAGUCAGGGAGUGGGAGUCAGGGAGUGGGAGUCAGGGAGUGGGAGUCAGGGAGUGGGAGUCAGGGAGUGGGAGUCAGGGAGUGGGAGUCAGGGAGUGGGAGUCAGGGAGUGGGAGUCGGGGAGUGGGAGUCAGGAAAGCACCCCACGACAGGAAUGA